AUGAGCUACUCGCAUGUCCUGCCCUUCUUCUUUGCCAUUCAUGACAUCAACCAGAAUCCAAAGCUGCUACCCAACAUCACCCUGGGCUACAACAUCUAUGAGAACUUUUUCAAUGCAAGGUUAACAUAUGAGGUCAUGAUGGACUUAAUGUCUACAGGGCAAGAGAAUGUCCCAAACUACAGUUGUGGAAGACAAAAUAAUCUUCUGGCUGUGCUUGAAGGGACUGAUUCGGAGUUCUUUUCUUCCAUUUCAACUAUGCUGGGCAUCUACAAAAUUCCACAAAUCAACUAUGCGGUCAUCAGCCACAUUCCAGAGCAGAAACUUCAUUUCCCUUUUUUCUACCGGGUGAGUCCAAAACAAGAACCUCCUCACUUGGCAAUUAUCAAGUUGCUCCUGCAUUUCCGAUGGACAUGGAUCGGCCUCGCUGCUCCGGACAAUGAAAGUGGAGAAAAGUUCAGAAGAACCUUUGUGCCAGAAGCCGUAAGGAAAGGUGUCUGUGUUGCCUUCUCAGAAAGCUUACACUUGGGGCCUAGAGCAGCGAGGGAAAAGAACAAUAUUGAAUAUUUUAGCGACACUAAAGUGAAAAGUAUUGUUUGUUACUUGAACUUUCCAGUCACAUUAGUACUAGCAAUGCUAAUACGAGACAUUGAAAAGAAAAAAAUCCUGUUUGUGGGAAAAGUAUGGAUUGCUACAGCUUUGUCAGAUUUAAAUCUCCAUCCAUUUCUAAGAAACUUCCAGAUUUACAAUUUUUCUGUAAAUGACGUUUAUUUGGAUGAGUAUGGAAUUCCCACUGCUGACUUUAAUAUCAUGGACUGGGCAGUAUUUCCCAACAAAUCUGCUGCUGGGGUGAUAAUUGGGAAUGUUGAAAAAGAAGUCUCUUCAAACAUCAAGAUCUCUGUGGAUGAGAGCACCAUCAUAUGGCCAACAUCUUUCAAACAGGCAACAGAGUUCUAUGAGACAUACAGAAGCUUUCUUGAAGAGAAAACACAAGAACCACAAGGGGAUAGGGAAGAUGAAAUACAGAGAAAAAUUGAUAUGAUAUGGAUGUCGUCUGAGCUAAGUACUAAUAUAUAUGAGAUUGAGGUAAAACCUAACAUUUGGGUGGACCAUAAUCCAAUAAAGCUGACCCGGAAAGAGUCCCCUCAUUCAUACAUUUCUCUGAUUUUUCUUUCUGUUCAGAAGGCCCCCUUUUCUAGGUGUACGGAAAGUUGCCUCCCAGGAUAUACCAAGCUGACGAGAGAGGGAGAACCAGUUUGCUGCUAUGACUGUUCUUCGUGUAUGGAAGGAACUAUCUCUGUGCAGGAAGAUGUAGACCAAUGUACAAAAUGUCCAGAUGACCAUCUCUCCAACGAGAAGCGGGAUCAGUGUGUUGCCAAAGUUAUAACUUUCCUGUCCUACAGAGAAAACUUAGGUUUCAUCCUGGCUGUCUCUGCCCUUUUUUUGUCUCUUACCACUGCCUUAGUUCUAGGAAUUUUUAUUAAAUAUCGAGAAACUCCCAUAGUCAAAGCUAACAACCGUGAUCUCACCUACAUUCUGCUGAUCUUUCUCCUGCUUUCCUUCUUGACUUCCCUUCUAUUCAUUGGUCAACCCAAGAAAGUGACAUGCCUUCUUCGACAAACUGCCUUCAGUAUUGUUUUCUCAGUUGCUGUGUCAUCCUUGCUGGCCAAGACUAUCAUGGUUGUGAUGGCAUUUCUGGCCACAAAGCCAGGAAGCAAAAUGAGGAAAUGGCUGGGGAAAUCUUUGGCCAAUUGCAUCAUCCUCUCCUGCUCUGGUGUUCAGGUGGGCAUCUGUUUCAUAUGGCUGGGAAUCUUUCCCCCAUUCCCAGAUUCUGACUUAUAUUCCCAAAAAGGGCAGAUCCUACUGCAAUGCAAUGAAGGUUCAGUCAUCAUGUUCUAUUCUGCCCUUGGCUACUUGGGCUUUCUGGCUUCCAUCUGUUUCUUGGUGGCUUUUCUAGCCCGAAAACUACCAGGGGGCUUCAACGAAGCCAAGUGGAUCACCUUCAGCAUGCUGCUCUUCUGCAGUGUUUGGGUUUCUUUUGUCCCCGCCUACCUGAGCACCAAAGGAAAAUACAUGGUGGCUGUGCAGAUCUUCUCCAUCCUGACCUCCAGCCUCGGCUUACUUGGCUGCAUCUUUGUCCCCAAAUGUUAUAUCAUCAUUCUGAGACCUGACAUGAACGCGAAGGAGCAUCUAAUGUUGAAAAACAAUGAGUGA